AGCCCAUCGAGUUGUGAGCUUGUUUUUCUUGUUGUUCUCUAUCUCUUGCAAGACUUUCUGCAGCUGGCACAUCAACUGCAGUACGUAACUUUUCCCUUGCAGUUAAUAGAGUGGGCUUGAUUUUCAUGCCGCUAGGGAAUAGGAAUUCAACAUAGUCUCCAACUUGGCCAAUCAUAAGUUGUCUGGUAGAGACUUCAUACAAACUUUUCAUGCCACGUAGGGUUACAGUUGCAGGUACAUUUGUGCACCCCGUUUGCAGGAAUCACCAGGAACAAGCCCAUUUACCUUACAGGAAUGAUAUAUGCAGUUAACGCACGACGGACGAACUACGACUAACCGCUGCUUUGUUAAUGACUGUCAUGGGAUGUGAUGAAUAUGCUGAUGAGGACUUCCUUACAGAGAUCAUGGUGAUAUGACGUGCCGCCGCUGGGAUCGACUUGUUUUGUUUUUAUCUGGAAAGAUCUGAGACGGUCAUGUGGUGCUUUCCAAGUCACGUUUCGCUUUAAAGUUCUGUGUGCUCUGCGGACGUCAAAGACUUGCCAAGUAUUGAGCAGUUUGUCAAGGAAGGCGCAGCAUUGCCAACACACAAUUGACAUGGUUUCAGGGAAAAACAAUGUAUAUAUAGGUUUAUAACCUAUGACGAAAGGAUAUAUUACACACGUAGUAUGAUGUUAAGUCUAUUGGACUUUGGAAGCGUAUAAAUAACUCAUUUUUGUCUGGCACGAUGUUGGAUGUACUCUGAAAAAGUGUAUUAAGACGGAAGGUUUGAAAGGUUAAUUUCGUGAAUUUCAGACUCUGUGCUGUACCCCGUGGAUAUCAUGUUCAUUUGAAACUUGUCAAGUUUGUCGUUGGGGAUAUUUAAGUGUGAUUUGUUAUUCCAGAAAGGACACGAUGUGCUUCGGAUUCUGAAUUGUCAGCUAGGAGUAUAACAGGAUCAUGCAUGCACAUAGUGCCAAGCUCAGCCACCCUCAUGGGUCUGGGAAGAAAGCAAAGCGAUCCCUCUCUCAUGAGCAUAUGCGGACACACUCAAAGGAGAGCAAGGACCAACCGGACCUAGGGGGUGCAAGGUCAGGCAUGGAGCCGAAGCCUGUGCCUCAUCCGAUUGAUAUUUCUUCCAACCAUCACAAUUAUGCAGAAGCACACCCCAAUUUCCAGGAUGGGAAGGGGAAUUUCUUGAGCAGGGAUGGUCUAAGAUUGAGCAAGGAAAAACAGAGGUCACAUGAUGCUCCAUGUUCACCAAGGUUUAAGGAAUCGUACAUGCACCUUGCAGAUUCCAGUGGCUCACCCCGAUCUAAAGAUUCUUACAUGCAUCAUGCAGAUUCCUCCAGAUCUCCCAGACUUAAAGACUCAUACAUGCAUCAUGCUAAGCCGCAGUCUCCCAGAUCCCCCUUGUCUCCAAAAUCGCCCAAGAUCAAGGAUUCCCAUUUCAGCUUUUGGCCGAAUUCCCCAAAGUCUAAAGAAUCAUACACGCAUCAUGCAGAAGUUCCGAAGUCGCCAAGAUCAAAGGAGCCAAAUAGACAUUCCGGUCAUGGACACCAAUCCCCAAAUGCAAAAGAUGUGCAUAGGAUGCAGGAUCCUGGGUCCCCAAAACACAAAGGGAAAGACCCACAUCAUCAAUGCCCCUCAGACGCUAGUAGUAAGGAUUCAAGGUUCCAAAGAAAAAAUUCUGCAGAGAAGCCUAGCCCAGGAAAGGGCGGUGACAUAGACAAUCAACAUGAUCCUUUGGUUCCUGUGCAUUCUGGCUCGCCACCAGUGAUACGAGCAAAAGAUGCCAAUGGACAUGUCCAGCUUCGAGAGGCUUAUGCUCAUCGAAGAAGAACGGGUGCCAUGUCCCACCCAAAUCUCCACCACAAGCACCUCAACGGCUGCAAAUCUAGGGGUGAAGACCCUCGCGAUCCACCAUCACCUGAACUACCAGCAAAGUCUUCCCGGAGGAGGGCUGCUAGCUCAGAGGACACGACUACCAUUGGACCCAAGUCACCAGACCUAACUCCACUGAUUAUAGGGGUGAGGCAAAGCAGUGAAUCUGUGGAACACAAGAGGCAGUCAUCAUCAGCUCCAAUUUCUCCCCAGAGGUUUUUUCAAGAUAGCCAUGACUCUGCUGGACAGAGUUCCCCAGAAUUACCAGCAAGGGCACGUCGUAAAAAACAAGAUAAAGCUGGAAAAUCAAAUGCGCACCAAUCUCCAGAGCUGCCACUACGUGUGAAUGGAAAGGAAAAGAAUUGCAAUGUCUUUGAUAGUUCAAAGAAGCAAGGGCCAAAUGCAAAUCAUAAAACUAAUGAAAAAGGUGUCCGUCAAGAUAAUACCAAAGAUGUGUCGGAAAAUAAUUCUUCCGUUUUCAAAAACUCUGAUAAACUAUCUGACGGUUCCUUUAAAGGGCUGGAACGUGAUACCCAUUCUGAAGUUGGGAAACAGAAGAGAAGUGAUAAAGUGGACCGUGAUGUCGUUGUAAAAGAAGUAAAGCCAAAGGUUACUGAUCAGUCAACCACAAUGUCAAUACCUGUUAUUGUAGCUGAUAAAGAAGCCAAGCCACUGACAGGAAACAGAGUCCCCUUUGGGGAAGAAAACCAGAAGGAACUCCUGGACAUGAUUGACAAUGAUUGCAGGACCAAGCUUCAUCCAGGACGCCUGGAUGAUCGUUACCUCGGAGGAGGUAUGGUCGGUGGCCACCUUGGUGUCUACCGGUCAGCCUCAAUGCCAGGGUUCACUGACAGCUCCCGUCAACUGGUCAGUCGUGCCACCUGCAUGUCCAGCGGAGGUGGUCUCAUCAGUGGCCUCACCAGGAGCUCCAUGACCCGCAAAACCUUACGUCAGAAGCAGACCAAGUCGUGGACAGGAUGUGGUGAUGGCUCUCCGGGAUGUUCCGAUAACUGGAGAUUCUGUCCGGUGCACAAGGUAUGCAAUUCCGUGGUCGACAUCGCCGUCAUGCAGGAGGCGCACGGCCUCAUCAUGGACAUGCUGGCCGACUCCACCCUCCCACCGAACGUCGUCAGCGGUUUGAAGGCGGUUAGCUCCCUCUUGAGUCCGCCCACCAACUACAACACCUUGCAGAGGCCCAAGAUCAGCCCCUUGGUGGCCCUCAGUGAGAGCAUGUACACGUCGGAUAUUGAUGACUCGCCCUAUGUAGGGGAGCGCCCUCUGUCGUUACCAAAGAGAUUAAGAAGAAGUCUGCCACCGAGUUUGAUACGACGGAUGUCAACAACUUGGACCACUACAACUUCAGCUACAGGUAUGCCAACGUUAGAACCGCAGCCUCUCAGGACCCGCAGCUCAAGUUUCCGCCAUUCUCGCGAUCUCACAUCCUCCCCAAGCCCUGGCAACAGUCGCUCCAGUAGCCCCGCCCCAUUAUCGCGGCAAGGAGGAGGAGAUGGCUCCUUAAAGUCGCGGUCGUUCUCCGUCGGCACGGGAGGUCUCGGUCAACGAUCGCCAUCCCCGAAUCUCAUGCCGCCCGACGGGAAAGGGUUACGGUCCUCCUCGCUACGGGGAUCGCUCGGAGGCAGUUCGAUGCCCACGUUGCUCAAAACUGAAAAUGGACAAUCGCCAAGACUAGACGACUCGUUGGACGCCGCGGAGGAAAGCGACGAUGACACGUCGCGGCUGGAGGAGCUAUCAAAUCAGCCGAUCACGCUGACGAUAACGCCCGACGACGCCGUGAAAGAUGCAUCAGAGAACGUAGAGAAUGCAGAAAGCACCGCUGCGCCAACAGACAAUAAUAAUACAAACAAUGUUGAGAAAAGUGAAGAACCCUCAACCCUUGGGUCCUCUCUUAAACCUAGGGGGAGCAGCAAAAAGAGGGGUAGCGUGACAAUAAGCGAACAUGCUACUAUCAUUGAGGAAGGCAUGGCUAGGACGAUACCAGUAGACGAGACCGCCAUCACGGAAGCGACAGAAGAGCAGGAUGAGGAGUUAGCAGUAGAUGAAAGCCUAGAAGAAGAAGUAGAUCCAACACAUGGAGAGUGCAGGGAGCUCUUAGGAAGGUUGGAUGAAUGGGACUUCCCCAUAUUUGAAAUCUCAGAACUAUCAGAAAACCAAGUACUCAGUCAAGUUGCAUACCGAUUGUUCACCGAUGCUGGCAUCUUUGAAACAUUCCGAAUCUCUCUCCCAGAAUUCAUGAACUAUUUCCGAGCGCUGGAAUGCGGCUACAGGCAUAAACCUUACCACAAUCGUAUCCACGCUGCUGACGUCCUUCAUGGCUGCUACUACAUGUCAACGCAGCAGAUCCCUGGCUUCACCCAGGUCAAUCCAGAGGACCUCGAUCCUAUGGGGCGACAGGACGAUGACCCAGACAGUUUUCACACACCAACCGUGACGCCAAGAGCGAGUAUAUCGUCAGAUUCGAGCUACGGCAUCCUUGCAGGGAAUCUCCCCGCGCUGGAGCUGAUGGCGCUCUACACAGCGGCUGCCAUGCAUGACUACGAUCAUCCUGGCAGGACGAAUGCAUUCUUGGUUGCUACCAGUGCAUCACAGGCCAUUCUGUACAAUGACCGGUCAGUUCUUGAGAACCACCACGCCGCUGCGUCAUGGUCCCUCUUCCUCUCCAAGCCAGAGUACAACUUCCUGUCGUCGCUGGACAUCGCCGAAUUCAAACGAUUCCGCUUCCUGGUGGUCGAGUACAUCCUCGCCACGGACCUCAAGAGACAUUUUGACUUCUUGGUGGAGUUCAACUCAAAGGUCAAUGAUGUAGAUGCUCCGGGCAUCAACUGGGCAGUGGAGAGUGACCGUUUACUGGUCUGUCAGAUGUGUAUCAAGCUGGCCGAUAUCUCCGGACCGACCAAGAUCAAAGAUCUCCAUUGUAACUGGACGUACAGGAUAUCAGAGGAGUUCUACGAACAGGGUGAUGAUGAGAGAAACCUAGGCCUGACGGUGUCCCCCUACAUGGACCGCAACGCACCACAGCUUGCCAAACUCCAAGAAGGAUUCAUCAAUCACCUGGUCGCACCCCUCUGCAAUGCUUACGGAUCGGCCGGACUACUCCCUGGACGAUGGCUCGAUGAGGAGGAUGACGACCAUGCUGCGCAGUCAGAACCCAAGGAAGAAAGUGAGAUGAGAGAGUUCAGCGACAAGGACAACGAUGACGAUGAUGAUGAUGAUGAUGACAAUGAUGAAGAAUCUAAUGAUGGUGAUUCCAAGUUGAGGCUAAAGAGCGCCGGUCAGCAGAAGACGAGGAAGAUGGUCAGUAUCUUGACCAAGCACCUCAAGGAGAACCAUGAGAUGUGGCUCAAGGUCUUGAAGGAGGAGGAGGCGGAAAAGAGGAGGACGGAGAACCCAGACGGUCUUCCUCCGUCACCGACGUCCAAGGACAAAGAAGAUGGGAUGAACUUAAGUGCAAUCCAUACUCCCAACCACGAGAUUAUAAGACAGGUUUUUAUUCCAAGGGGCCAGGAUAUAUCCCCCAAGAAUGAAAGCAAAGAAAGCAAAGAGCCGGAGUGUGUGGAUGAAGAGGAGUCGAUGAAGUCCAUGGCACCCAUCCGGGAGGACUCUGAGGAGCGCACCUCCGACUGCAGUCGCAGCAUGGAAGGGGACAACGGCAUCGCCGACCAAGAACUCAGCGAAGACGGUUGCCAAGACAACACCCCCACCAAACCAGAUGAGGGCAGCAGAGCAGGAGACGUUCAAAAGGCCGCAGAAGAGACGUGAUCCACACAGAGCAACCCCAGCCGCUUCAUAGCUGCGUCAACGCUGCGACUAUCAGAAACAAAGGCAUGGAGCUAUCGCUUUAAACCAGUCAAAAGUGCUAUAAUGUCGUCGAAAUAUUUAUGUAAUUACUCGAAAAAACUGCCUCAGUGUUUGUGAUAACUUGUAAAUUGAAGAUGGAUGACCGAUCGUGGGAUUUUAAAGCGGAUACGUGAAGUCCUGUCUGCGAUAAAUGUCAGUACCUUGUAGGUAGCAGUAUGAUAUGUUUAUGAAAUGUGGCAUUUUGUUGCCUAUGGUAACAGGUAGGUUAUUGACCCCACAUUCAUCAAAAUCUCCUUUUAGAGGUGAUAGAUACAUUUUAUAUCGCCAUGACGAUUGUAUUAACAAAAAUUGUACAUGUUAUAUUGAUGCUCGGCUUUUAAUAUACUGUAGAGCGAAAGAGUGGUGUAAUAGCAAUACUUUGGGCACGACGAAUGUAGACGAAGCAGGAAAUUGCCUGCGAGAAAUGAGAACAAUCUUUGCACCUUAGCAGGAGAUGGCGCUUUGCAUUGAUAGGCGCAUCCUGUGAUAUUUUUUGCAGUCUGCCUUGCAUCUUUAAAAUUUUUAGGAUUGACACCACACAUUUUGUGCCCUUUUAAAAAUUUGAAUGGCACCAAGACAAGUUACCCUAGAUGCAAUGCACUGUGAUUGUUUGUGUGUAUUUAAUUGCACUACCUGAUAAACUGACUUUCAUCCUCAAGUGCGAAGUUUGUAGUUAACGUGCCAAAAAUUAAUGAGGUGAAGAAAACAAAAUGGAUAGAAGUUGCCAUUUGUAGUUUGAGCUACGCCUACUUAUGCUUCCAGUAGUAAAUGUACAUGUAGCUUUGUCAAUUGGUUUGUCAAUAGUAACCGUGGGAUAUGUUUUAUGUCUGGUGUGCUUUAGUUGUUCUUUGUCUUAAUACAUGUACCAUGAUAAGAAUAUGGUUUCAUCGGUCAAGAGCAUCGGUCAAGAGCCAGAAGGGAGUUGGCUCUGUAAGAAAGGUAUGAGUUGAUGUCCGCCGGGUUUGCGGCUGACCAUGUCGAGAGUUAAUGUUGCACAGCACAAUAUAGGGCUUAUUUCCCUAUCUGCAUGUGAAGCAGUGUAUUUUGUUUGAAUUUAUUUGCUAGUUGGCAAUCAAUUAGAAUACUAGAAUGAUUUGAAUUUGGACUUGGAUUGGAAAGGAGAAGCAAGUUUGAAAAUGAAACAAUGUCGAGGCUCACCUUUUCUUGAAAACAUUGUCCAGUCACAGAGGAUUAAAUACUGUAUCCCUUGAAACCCCCGAAAAUGAAUUCUGGAUCCAUUCGGGAUGAAAAACAUAGAAAGUGCUUAUGAAGGUCAGCGGUUCAAGUCCCGCCGUGGCACUAAUGUCCUUUGGCAAGAUGUUGAUCUACAUUUGCCACUCUUCAUCUAGGUGUUAAAUGGGUACCCGGUAGGAUGUGAAAGCUAAUGUGGUUAACUGAGCAAGUGUGUGCUUGUAAAAAUAACGCCUGGCUGGAAUGCUCCCCAGGGAGCGAAGAAUGUCCAUACAUUGUGUGCGGGUAAGCCUGAAUCUGAUGCCCGGGGUAAUAAUAAGUGUGCUAAAUGUGCUUCAAGACCACAGGGGUAAAGAAUUGUGCCGGUACUUCACUCUAAAGCAUUAUCCGGCCUCAAGGUGUACUAGAAUAGUGAGGUGGUGUAAACAGGUUCCAUCUGAAAUCUUGUUCAGUAUUAUACCACAGGUUUAUGUUGGUGUUGCUGGAAAAUGAAUAGCAAAUUGGGAUGAAAAAAAA